UUUAGCUGAACAUUGCAUUGUGUUCAUGCUCCUCCCUCUCUUCCUGAAUCAAAAACUCUAUUGCCUUCUGUCUCUGUUCAAAAUGAACAUUUUAGUCCAUUCUCUCACAUUUCUGAACCGUUACACUCGUGAUCUUUUCAGCCUGAAGCAUAAGCCUGCACAAACUUCCUGUAUGUCUCCCCCUCUGAGCUUCACUGUACCCUCCUCCACUCCCCCCUCUGACCUCUCCUCCCUCUCUUCGGCUCGGCUCUUCUCUUCCUGAGCUCACUCUGUCGUUGGCGUUCGCGUUGACUGGCCAGAGUCCGCGGGCUGAAACACCCUCAUCUUUAUUUGAUCUGCCACCUUCCUCUGCUUCUCUCUCUUCCUUCUCUGUCUCUCUCCAUCUCUGCAGCUAUUCACCCAUCCAUCUCUGCCCGGCCCUCAGGACUUGACUGUUAUCUUCUCAGCUCACCAGCCGCUGAUACCCCUUCCUGGUCUGUUUCUAACGUCUGAUUGGCCAUGGCGUACCACAGUUUCCUGCUGGAACCAAUUAGCUGCCAUGCCUGGAACAAAGAUCGUACCCAGAUCGCCUUGUGCCCCAACAACCACGAGGUCCACAUUUACAAGAAGGAUGGGACCAAGUGGACCAGGAUUCAUGAGCUGAAGGAGCACAAUGGGCAGGUGACAGGUAUUGACUGGGCUCCAGACAGUAACCGUAUAGUUACUUGCGGGGCAGACCGUAACGCUUAUGUGUGGACCCUGAAGGAGGGCACGUGGAAGCCGACCCUGGUCAUCCUCAGGAUCAACCGUGCUGCGCGUUGUGUGAAGUGGUCGCCACGAGAGAACAAGUUUGCUGUAGGCAGUGGCUCACGCCUCAUCUCCAUCUGCUACUUUGAGCAGGAAAACGACUGGUGGGUGUGUAAGCACAUCAAGAAGCCGAUCCGCUCCACCAUCCUCAGCCUGGACUGGCAUCCCAACAACGUCCUGCUGGCUGCUGGAUGCUGUGACUUCAAAUGCAGGGUGUUCUCAGCCUACAUUAAGGAGGUGGAGGAGAAGCCUGGCCCCACCCCCUGGGGCAGCAAGAUGCCGUUUGGGGAGAUGUUGUUUGAGUCUGGCGGGUCUGGAGCAGCAGGUCAGACUUCGGCUGGAGGCGGCGGUUGGGUGCACAGCGUGUGCUUCUCUCACUCCGGCAACCGCCUGGCCUGGACCUCCCAUGAUUCCACUGUGUCGGUCGCAGAGGGAGGCAAGACCAGCACGGUGAACAGUCUGAGCUCUGAGACGCUUCCUCUGCUGUGUGUCACCUUCAUCACUGAGAACAGCUUAGUAGCAGCUGGCCACGACUGUUACCCAGUGCUGUUUGUAUACGACAGUGCCAAAGCCAGCUUGACGUUUGGGGGCAAACUGGACGUUCCUAAGCAGGCAGCCCAGAAGGGCAUCAGUGCCAGGGAACGUUUCCAGAACCUGGACCGUCGGGCCUCAGAGACCCAGGGCACCGAGAAGGACCUGAACAGCCUGCACAAGAACAGCAUCAGCCAAAUCUCUGUGCUGGAAGGUGGACGAAACCAGUGCACCAAGUUCUGCACCACUGGCAUGGAUGGGGGGAUGGGCAUCUGGGAUGUCAAGACUCUGGAGUCUGCGAUGAAGAAUCUAAAGAUAGUCUGAACCAAAGUUUACAUGACUCCGCCCAUUCAGCCUUAUGAGCUUCUGGAGAUAUGAAGAAAAACUGCUGCCUUAUACACAAAGCUUCUCAGCCUUAUUUUAUCAGGUAUUUUUUAUAUACAAUUUAAAAAAAAAAAAAACAUUUACAAUUUGAAACAAUCAGACUCGGUCCAAACAGUGUUUGUAAUCCCUCUGAAGCUCUUUGCUGAGCAUGUUAAACUUGACGCUGUAUACAGAGGAACUGACCAAAGGUCUGCAAACGGUACUUAAUGAGUUAGAUUACUAUAAUCAGAGAGAGCUCCGUCUGAGCUGAACGCUUAAAGCAGGAUUUUAUAUUAAUCAAGAUCAAAGGCUUCAGUAUGUGUUAAAGCUUAUGCUGGUCAUAAUAUGCAUUGAAUAAAUGAUUGCUGUUACAGUGCUAAA